UUUAUUUAUUGUCACUCAGCCGCGGCUCACUAACAUUGAACUGUUACGUUUGAUAAUGAAUAUGGCGGUUUUUUUAGCAUAAACAGUUUUUUACAUCACGAAUUGACUAAAAGUACGUUUUUCAAAACAGUUAUUUUGUUUCCAAGAGUUUAAAAACACAUACAAUGGCUGACAAAGAUUUUUUUAUUUAUACUGAUCGAAAUAAAUUGCGAACACCCUCUACCAUAGAGUAUAGGGUUGACAAAUUAAUAAAACCCAAAGAAUUGAAAUCACGUAUAAAAGCAUGCUACGAAGAAUUAAAUUCAGAAGGUGCACAGUUUAUAUAUAAAAACUUUGAUACAAUAUUUUCAGUGAUUGAGUUUAUUGACCAGACUGACUAUCACGUCUUACAUUACGUUUAUGAAAAAAUUCUUGUUAAGAGUUUAAAUAUUAUAGCAUCGUUUUUCUCAAGUUAUGGAGAAAUUGAAGAUAUGUCACUAGAUCUACGACAUCAAUUUACAAAUAUUAUAAAAAUGAAUAUUUAUCUCUUUGUUGAGUUUGUUCAUAGUUUUAACACAAAAAUUGAAACUGAUUAUAAACUAUUACUUCUUGAAACAAAAGGUAGAAAUAAAAAGCAGGACAUGAUUCAAAAGCAUACUUCUGAUUAUAAUUGGGAUUGGGAAGAUAAUUUGUGUAUAGGGCUGAAAGCAAUUUACAGUAUUAUUUCAAAUAAUAUUACUCAAUUAUAUGAUCCCCCUUAUAUUGAUCAUACUUUUGUAUCGUAUGUUGCUUCUUGUUGUUACACUCAGCUGGAAAAUCCUAGUAUUGCUUUUGUACGAACCAAAUCACUUCGUGACAGUGUCAUGCAAAUUCUAGAAAUACUUAUUACUAACUAUGACCAUGCACAUGAUUUUAAAACCAGAGUAGUUCAACUACUAAAAUUAUAUGAACAUUUGUCAUUGCCCCUGGCUAAAAUUGUUAUACAAAUAAUUGAGUCUGGAAAUAACCGAUCUUCAUUAAUCGAACUAAUUGUCAAAGAAAUCGCAGAAACAGGAGAAGUGGAAGGUAUCAAAGAAACAAAUAAUCAGGAAAUAACAGGUGGUAAAUCUUGUUGUGCAUUUCUUGUGGAAAUUGCCAGGCAUUGCCCUCAAUUGUUAUUGCCAAAUAUUGAACAUUUGUUGCCAUGCUUAGAAUCUGAUCCGUAUACUAUGAGGAUUUGCGUCUUAAGUGUUCUGAAAGAAUUGAUUAUUCAUGUUUUAAAUAAUGAUGAAUUGGAUGAAUUUCAGAGGAAAACGAGAGACGAUUAUAUAAUUAUUAUGCAAGAUCAUCUAUUAGAUGUAAAUGCAUUUGUUCGAUCUAAAAUAUUACAGUUGUUUACGGCCAUAAUAAAUGAAGACUGUUUACCAAAACAGAUGUAUGGCAUAAUAUUAAAUUGUGCAGAGGAUAAACUACAUGACAGAAGUUCAUAUGUUACAAAAAGUGCUAUUCAAUUAAUCAAAACAUUAAUCAAAUUAAACCCAUAUAGUUGUGAUUUUACAGAAGACAAACUACAUGAUAAAUUAAAAGAAGAAAACUGCUAUUUAAAAUCUAUGAAAAGAGUGCUUAAAGUUAAAAUAGAUUCUGAAAUGAACAAAGAAGAUAUGUGGCCAUCAAUUGAGACACCUUUAAAAUUGUUUUUAAAGGACAUUUUUGAAGAUAGAAGUUCAAACAUUUUUGGUGAAAUCGAAAUAUUAAAGGAUAUGGAGUUACCUGAGGUUUUAAUGAAGAUAAAAAGUUACAUUACUUCCCACAAAUUUAAGUCUGCUUUAAAAUAUGUAUUACGUGGAAGAUAUACAUUCGAGGAAGAACCACUAUUUCAAUUAAAAGAUGAAGAACACUCGUCAAAACAAUAUUUUUUAGUGUUAAAAAAUAUUUGGUACUGUGAAAAUACAAUGGGAUCAAUGGAAUCAAUUAACAUGGACAAAUUGAAACAGAUGACUACAGACGAAAUAAAUUUUCUUAUUUUCUCAACAGAAUCUAAAAUUGCAUACCUUCAGGAUUGUGCCGAGUAUUUACACACUAUUAAAAUAGCAUUAAAUACUAUAAGUCAAUUGAUGUUUGGGAAUACUUUAUCUGAGUCAUUAGAAGCUAUUGACUUUUUUACAACAGCUUAUAAAUUUGGUGUACCUCAUUGUCAGUCUGGUGUUGACGCUAUGCUCACAUUAAUAUUUUCAUCUGAUUCUAAUAUUAAAGAAGCUAUGAUGAAUUCGUAUAAAACGAUAUAUUUGAAAACUGAAGAAGACAAGGACUCAUCUACUACACUACCUGUAACUAUUAUGACCAGACUUAUAUGUUUAAUAAAAACUUUAAAUGUAACUAAUAGAAGAGCAUUUAAAGCUUUACUAAAUGAAUGGAUAAAAAAUAAAACACUAGAUGAUGAAUGCAUUAUGGUGUUAUGGGCAUGGUUGACUAAAUCUAAAGAUAUUAAUGAUGAAGAUCGAGUAGUUGCUGCUCUUAUUUUGUCGUUGCUGGCCAGCGCACAGCCUUCUAUUGCAAUGGGAAACUUAGAAUCUAUUCUCCAGUAUGGAUUUUGUGAUGACUUUCAAUUAUUUAUUUAUAAUUGUCAAAUAUUGGAACCAAUUACUCAAGAACAUUUUAAAAGAUUUACUGACAAUCACGAACUAGUUAAAAGAGUAUUUAGUGUAAUACAAAAAUGUUUUAAUGAAUCUGAAGUUAAAUUAUUCAAUGAUGUUGCUUCAAAUGCCGUUAACAUCAUUUACAAAUUGACAUCUCAACCAGAUGCAACUUGUAUGACAUUGAUUGAAAAAUUGUAUAAUUCUAUGUUAAAUAACAAAGAUGGUUCCUCUCAGAAGAAUGAAAUUUAUGUUCAAUUAAAUAAUAAUAUGCUUGCAAAAUUUUUUUUUAUCAUUGGUCACAUUGCAUUACAACAGUAUGAUCAUUUAGACAAUUAUAUUGCAAAGGAAUUAAUACAAAAAGUGAGAGAAAAAUACCAAACUAAAAAAUUAAAAAUGGACAAAGCUAAAGAAGAUGAAAAUGUACAUGAUUCUGAAGCAGCUGAAAUAGAGGCUAUAAAUGAUCGAAUCCGACAAAUAUGUGAUAAACAACUUUUAAACGGAAAUGGAAUUUUUAGUCACUUUUCAAAACACAUAUUAAUAAACGCAUGUAGUUCAAAAGAUUUAGAUUUGAAGACAAAUAGUAUUAUUUCUAUGAUGAAGUUUAUGUUGAUUUCUACUUCAUUUUGUCAAAAACACUUACCGAUGUUUCUAAAUCUAAUCGCAAAUGCAGAUAACUCGGAAACAGCUAUUGAUCUCGUAUCUGGAUUUGGCUGGUUGGUUUUCAAGCAUCCAAAUUUGAUGGAACCUUGUACUGAUAAACUUUAUGCAAAGUUACAUGACAAAUGUAAUCAGGUUCGCUACAGUACUUUAAUCACUAUUGUAGACCUUAUACGUCAAGAAAUGAUUAAAGUUAGAGGACAAAUUGCUAGUAUUGCCAAACUGCUUGUUGAUGAAGAACAAAAUAUUAAUUACAUUGCAAAACAAUUUUUCGGGGUUAUUGCAGAAAAAGGAAACACUCUUUACAAUGUCUUAUCUGAUAUUAUUUCAGCCUUGUCCAACCCUGAUGAUUUGGUACCAGAAACUGAUUUUCAGUCAAUCAUUAAAUUUUUACUUCCACUUAUUAACAAAGAACGCCAAAUUGAAUCUUUAGUUGACAAAUUAUGUAUUAGACUAAAAGAAUCAGAUAAUAAAAUUCAAGAAUAUUAUAUAUCUUAUUGCUUGACACUUAUUAAAUAUACAGACAAAAGCCUAACUAAGCUCUCAGACAAUUUAUCUUACUACACUAACAAACUUAAAAACCCUAGAGUUUACAAUAACUUUAACAUACUCAUAAGUGCAAAUUCUAAAAUGGCAAAACCAGCCACUAAAGAAAUAUUAAAUGAAUUAACUAGUAAGAUUGAAAAAAUUGUAAAAGAUGAAGACUUUGUCGUUCUGCUUUCCCAAAAAACUCCUGGAAAACGUUUAAAUACAGUAAGAAAGAAAGCACCUAUAAGUAUUACCAAUGAAUCCUCAGGAGAUGAAAUCGAACCAUUACAGUUGGUAACGAAACGAAGUGCUAGAUGUCGUAGCAAAGUUAAAAGGAGACUGAUGGAAAAUGAUAGCGAAGAAGAAGAAAAUAAUGAAGAAAUUGCUCAUACAAGUGGUGUAAGUAAUGUUCAAAAGAUUGUUCAAAUUAAAGUCAAUGAAGAUACUGAAACUGAUGAUGAUAAAAUUAAUGUAAUUAAACGAACUACAAGACGAAAUAAGUUUGGAAGUUUGAGUAAGAGAAAUCCACGGUAUAAAACCUAAAUGAUGAAAGAAAUCAUCAUAUUUAUUAUUUUCCGUAUUUUAUUUUUUUGCAUUCAUGGGAUUUGUCUGUGUUCAAAUAUAUUUUUAAUGAAAUAUUAAUAA